GGUGGAGGUGCGGGGCUCCAAUGGCGCUUUCUACAAGGCAUUUGUAAAGGAUGUUCAUGAAGAUUCAAUAACAGUUGCUUUUGAAAACAACUGGCAGCCUGAGAGGCAGAUCCCAUUCCACGAUGUGCGAUUCCCACCACCUGUAGGUUAUAAUAAAGAUAUAAAUGAAAGUGAUGAAGUUGAGGUUUAUUCCAGAGCAAAUGAAAAAGAGCCUUGCUGUUGGUGGCUAGCUAAAGUGAGGAUGAUAAAGGGUGAGUUUUACGUGAUAGAGUACGCAGCAUGCGAUGCUACUUACAAUGAAAUUGUGACAAUUGACCGCUUGCGAUCGGUGAAUCCCAGCAAACCUGCCACCAAGGACACUUUCCAUAAGAUCAAACUGGAUGUGCCAGAAGACUUAAGACAAAUGUGUGCCAAAGAAUCGGCACAUAAGGACUUUAAAAAGGCAGUUGGCGCCUUUUCUGUAACCUAUGAUCCUGAAAGCUACCAGCUUGUCAUUUUGUCUAUCAACGAAGUCACCUCUAAACGAGCACACAUGCUGAUUGACAUGCAUUUUCGGAGUCUGCGCACUAAGUUGUCCCUGAUACUGAGAAAUGAAGAAGCCAGCAAGCAGCUGGAGAGUUCAAGGCAACUUGCCUCAAGGUUUCAUGAGCAGUUUAUUGUACGAGAAGAUCUGAUGGGUCUAGCUAUUGGUACACAUGGUGCUAAUAUUCAGCAAGCUCGAAAAGUACCUGGGGUCACGGCUAUUGAUCUAGAUGAAGAUACCUGCACAUUUCAUAUUUAUGGAGAGGACCAGGAUGCAGUGAAAAAGGCGAGAAGCUUUCUAGAAUUUGCUGAAGAUGUCAUACAAGUCCCCAGGAACUUAGUAGGCAAAGUAAUAGGAAAAAAUGGAAAACUGAUUCAGGAGAUUGUGGACAAGUCAGGAGUUGUAAGAGUAAGAAUUGAGGCUGAAAAUGAGAAGAAUGUUCCACAAGAAGAGGAAAUUGUUCCACCAAAUUCCCUACCUUCCAACAAUUCAAGGGUUGGACCUAAUCCCUCAGAAGACAAGAAACACUUAGAGAUAAAGGAAAACAGCGGCCAUUUUUCUCAGCCUAACAGUACAAAAGUCCAGAGGGUGUUAGUGGUUUCAUCAAUUGUAGCAGGGGAAUCCCAGAAACCUGAACUCAAGGCUUGGCAGGGCAUGGUACCGUUUGUUUUUGUGGGAACAAAGGACAGCAUCGCUAAUGCCACUGUUCUUUUGGAUUAUCACCUGAACUAUUUAAAGGAAGUAGACCAGUUGCGUUUGGAGAGAUUACAAAUUGAUGAGCAGUUGCGACAGAUUGGAGCUAGUUCUAGACCACCACCAAAUCGUACAGAUAAGGAAAAAGGCUAUGUGACUGAUGAUGGUCAAGGAAUGGGUCGAGGUAGUAGACCUUACAGAAAUAGGGGGCACGGCAGACGCGGUCCUGGAUAUACUUCAGGAACUAAUUCUGAAGCAUCAAAUGCUUCUGAAACAGAAUCUGACCACAGAGACGAACUCAGUGAUUGGUCAUUAGCUCCAACAGAGGAAGAGAGGGAGAACUUCCUGCGCAGAGGAGACGGGCGCCGACGUGGAGGUGGAGGAAGAGGACAGGGAGGAAGAGGGAGAGGAGGAGGCUUCAAAGGAAGUGAUGAUCACUCCCGAACCGAUAAUCGUCCGCGCAACCCAAGAGAGGCCAAAGGAAGGACAGCGGAUGGAGCUCUCCAGAUCAGAGUUGACUGCAAUAAUGAAAGGCGUAUCCACACUAAAACAUUACAGAAUACCUCCAACGAAGGGAACCGGCUGCGUGCGGCCAAAGAGCGUACCCAGAAGAAAGACAAACCGGACGGCGUGGAUGGGCAGCAACCUCUCGUGAACGGAGUACCCUAACCUGCAUCAUUCUGAAGUGAUGUUUCCUAUACCAUGUCCGUAAUUCUUCUUCCAUGUUAGAAAACUUUGUUAGGCCAAAGACAAAUAGUAGGCAAGAUGGCGCAGGGCAUGAAAUGAACACAGAUUCUGUUAAGACAUUUUUGUUGUUUUGUUAACUGGCCAUAGGCACCAAUUUUUCAGACUUGUACACGAAAACCUUUUGAACUCGGAAACAAUUGUUUUAAGUACACUUAGCACUCCAGGACAGAGUUUUCGUUUGAUUUUUCCUUCUUACAUAAAUGAUCCAUGAUAUUUCUUAUUAAUUUGGGCCAUUUCCUUACAGUGAGUGGUACUCACCAGUACAUUUCAGUUGUUCUGACUAAAUAGCAUUUAUGGUAAUCGGCUUGGACUUCUGUUUUCAAUAUCCUAGAGAAUUUGCCAUGGAAUGCUAUGACAUUUCAUGUCCUGUGUCCAUUUAUGUUCUGGUCCACUUUUCCAGUAUUUUAGUGGACCCUGAAACAUGUGUGAUGUGACAUUUGUCAUUUUCAUUAGCAAAAAAAGUUGUAUGAUCUUGUGCCUUUUUUAUAUCUUGGCAGGUAGGACUAUUAUAUUUGGAUGCAGAGUUCAGGGAAGAUAAGUUGGAAACACUCAAUAUUAAAGAUGUAGCAAACCCUGUCAAACAUUAGUACUUUCUAGAAGAAUGCAUGCUUGCCCCGAUUAUUUUCCUUACAUACACAUCAGGUUAGGCAGUAUACAGACUAGAACUUGUUUUUUGUUUUUGUUUUGUUGCACUGAAGCUUGACAAAUAGUGUUACCGACAGGCUGUGUCGUUUCUCUGUCCAGACAGGGGAAGAAAUGGCGGUCUUGUCAUUGCAGAGAGGCAGCACUGACAGCAGCCAGGGCAGCCUUUGGGAGGAUGUGCCUGCUCUUUGGCCUGAUGACCAGUUUUAAUGUAGAACCUUUCAUUUUCUCCCUGUGUUUGGGGGAAUUCUCCAUAUUUUACUUUCAUGCUUAAUUUUGGGGAGGUAGGAAGGUCAUUUCAAUGUGUGUAUAAUACAGUCCUGUGAAGUACAGGUACUUUAAGAAUGAAUGGAAGCAGGUUAAAAAAGUAGUUUGUAAAGUUUGAAAUAUAAGGUUUAGUUAACCAGCAGAAUUGGAGAGCAGUCUCAGAUCAAUUAAUACUGUUUCCCCCCCCCCUUUGUUAUUUCGGGGGUCCGUUUAUUAUUUUUUGUUGUUAUUUUAGGGGUCCUUUUUGAUGUAUUGGGUUUCCAUUUGGGUUUUGAAUUUUAUUAAAUGAAUUGAUUUACUGAAGAAAAGUAUGUGAAGGACUUUCACUAAGAUGUUAUAUUUUUCUUAAAAAAAAACAAAAAACUCCCAAGUUGGGGUACCACUGAAAUCUGUACAGAGCCGUACAAACUUAAGUUCUGCCUCUGAUGUAUUUUGUGUUUGUUUCUUUGAACUUUCAUUUUACAGUUACUUUUCCUUGCAUACAAAUAAGCAUAUAAAAUGGCAACAAACUGCACAUGAUUUAUCAAAUAUUAAAGUCUUUUAAAAAGUAUUGCCAAACAUUAAUGUUGAGUUCUAGUUAUUUAUUUGGGGAAUGUAUAGAUUUUGACAACAGAAAUUGGUACCUUGCACACAUCAUCUGUAAGCUGUUCGGUUUAAAAUACUGUAGAUAAUUAACCAAGGUAGAAUGACCUUGUAAUGUAACUGCUCUUGGGCAAUAUUCUCUGUACAUAUUAGCUACAACAGAUUGGAUUUUAUGUUGACAUUUGUUUGGUUAUAGUGCAAUAUAUUUUGUAUGCAAGCAGUUUCAAUAAAGUUUGAUCUUCCUCUGCUAAAUUGAUGUUGAUGCAAUCCUUACAAAUGAUUGCUUUUAAAAUUUUAAGAUAGGAAAGAAAUCUAUAGAAAGUGUUAUGUUACAAAACUUAACUGUUACCACUGGAAAUGUCACCAUGUCAUAGGAAGUUAGCCGUUCUCGAACAGUUUUCAAGAACUUGAUAUUGUUUAAGAAAGCGGGGUGGGGGGAAUCAACAAAAUGGUACAGAACACGUUUGUACCAUUAUAAUAUGCACUAAGUCUAUUUUUUACAAAGGCUGAAUUCAGCAAGGCGCUAACUUGCUUAAAUGUGAAUUACUAACUUCUAAAACUGUAAUUUGAUUCACGUUUUCAAAUGGAGUUGGAGUUGAUUCAUAUUACAAUAUUUGUGUGCUAAACGUGUAUGUUUUUCAGUUCAGAGUCAUGUUUUUAAAAUCUUAUUAAAGUUUCAAAAAUCUGAA